UCCGAAACGUGACGCUUUCUCCGCUCUGGUCUACCGUCUUGCCGUUUCAACGCUUACCGCCAGUAUUGGCCAACCUGUUGGCGUCGAAGGUACUACACUCUCGCGCGAAGUAGGUACCACCGCGCGAAACAACCCAUAGAUAGGUACCUACAGGUACAUUAAUUAUAUUGCCCUAUUUUAUGCGAGAAAAUAUGAAUAUGGACUACGACGUCAAGUUGAUCGAGGAGGUGAAGAAGUAUCCUGAAUUGUACGACAGUUCCCACAGGAACUUUAAGAAUAAGGAGAUCAAGGCGGCUUUGUGGAAGGACAUCGCCUUUAAGAUGAGAAAGCAGACGGAUGAAUACUCGGUAAAAGUCGUGCGAAUGAGAUGGAAAAGCCUGCGAGAUUCGUACGUGAAAGAAAUCAAAUACAAAAUGGCCGUCAGCACGGGUCACAAUGUGAAGCCGAGAAAAAAUUGGCGGUACAGCAAUUGCAUGACAUUCCUAGCGCCGUAUCUGGCCAUCAGUUUUCCGCUGCCCCCCAACAAAUCCUCCCCCGAGGACACGAAAGAAGAGUUAGGUGACCACGAACACGAACCCGAACAAUCGUUUAGUAUGAACAUGAAUUCGUCGAACGAAGACGAAGCUAAUGGUCAUUUUCUUGGCGCCCUUUUAGACUUUUCCAAACAUGAUAAUUCGGAAAAAGGAGAUAUUUCUUCCAGACAAGAAUACGUUACCUCCUCCACAAAUACUCCUAAUAAAUCAGAAGACAGUGAUGUCGAUGCGUUUUUCAAAGGCAUCUCGGAGACCGUCAAAAAAAUGAACGUUGUUAAUCAGGUCUUUAUUCAAAGAAAUAUUGUUAAUAUGAUUCUCGAUUUUAAAUUAAGAGAAGCGCAGGAAAAGUAUAUUAUUCAGCAAAGGGUUGCUGAUGAUAAUGAUUAAAAUGUAGUUUUCGAUUUAUACCAUGUUCUUCUUA